CUUCAGGUGGAUGGUUGACAUUGGAGAAGGGUAAUAUCGAUAUUUUAUAAGAGCAAAGUAUCCAUGGCGGUAUAAAACGAUCUCUGUUACUCCUGUCUUGGUUUGAUUUUGCUGAGGAAGUAAUCUACGAACCCUAGAUCAACUUUCAUAGUAAGCUCAAUGGCGUCGAGAAUUGCAGCAAGAUACGUAUCCAGAAGGUUCUCGAGCGGUGGCAAAAUCCUCAGUGAAGAGGAAAAGGCUGCAGAGAACGUUUACAUCAAGAAAACUGAACAGGAGAAGUUGGAGAAGCUUGCACGCAAGGGCCCUAAACCAGAAGAAACAUCGACGACAGUCUCUGGUGAGUCAGCUGUUGAGUCUAAACCCAGUGGCCCUGCAUCAUCAACAUCUGGUGGUGUAUCGACAGACAAGAAUCGAAACUAUGCAGUUCUUGCAGGUGUCAUAACUGGUCUUGGUGCAUUGGGCUGGUAUCUGAAAUCAAGUUCCAAGAAGCCAGAGGAAGUCCAGGAUUGAGAGGUCAGGUGGCUUCAAAGGAGGAACAAGUGAAGGCAGUCAGGCUUUUGAGUUAGGUUGGAUCUACUUUAUCAGGCUUUCUGAACGUGCUACUUGAGGAACACAAAUCAGAGAGUUGAGAACUUAAUGACUUUUUUUUGUUUUUUUUAAUU